AUGGCCAAUCGUCGUACCUUUUACCUGGUACCAGCCGAUGUGGUUGCUCAGCCAACAAUCGCUGUUCCUCGUCCAUUGGCUCCAUCACCAAGAGUAAUUUCAACUGUACCACUGCUACAGAAGUCUCCUGGAAGUCUGAAACGGCCACUAAGUGCCGAUUUAAAAAGGCCUCUCAGUGCUGACCUGAAGAGGCCGUUCGUUGCUGAUCCAAUUGAGGUAUUGUUAGGAGAGAAUACGCAACCUCAUCAACGUAAACGAGAAUGUCUGGACCAUUUAACGCACGAACAGAAGAUGAACAGAAGAAAGAUGAAGAACAGGAUUGCAGCACAAACGGCCAGAGACAGGAAAAAGUACCGCAGUCAACGAUUAGAGGACGUCAUUCGUGAACUGUUGGAGCAAAAUGAAAUUCUGAAACAAGAAAAUGAGCUACUACAAGCGGAGAAUCGUGAGCUGACUGAACAGAAUCGUAGCCUGAUGUCACGGCUAGAAGGCACCUCUGACGAAGUUACUUGUACAACUCAAGAAUCCAAGCCUGUGGUAUACGAAGAGGUUCCAUAUGAGAUGAUCAGCGAAAAGAGUGGGGCGACCCUUGAAUCUGCCGCAUUCAUUAGUGGACUCCUGCCGAGAGUACAGGUUGUCCCACUCUAUCUUCUGUUUCAUCUUAUGGUCAGCCUUAACCUCGAAUUCGAUCUCGACCAGCUCGUCGAGCAACUACCAGAGGAGGAGCAACAUAGCGUGCAACCAACAGCAUGCACUGAGCUGUGCCAGCCAGCUAGCUCGUCCCCCGAGGUUGUAUUGCCCGGGGAUGAGAGUGUCUUGAGCGUACCUCGGUAUGCAUUGUUCUACGCUCUUGUAUUUUUCUAUCGACUGCAGCGGUUCAGCCAUUUGUUCUAG